CUGGGGAAGGUAUAAAUGCCACCUCCCGCUGGCUGAGCUUCACAGCACUCGCAGGGGCUGGUGUCACUGGUCAUUCCUGCACGGGACAGUCCACCAUGGCCUCAGACCACCAGACCCAGGCGGGCAAGCCACAGUCCCUCAACCCCAAGAUCAUCAUCUUUGAGCAGGAAAACUUUCAAGGUCACUCGCAUGAGCUCAAUGGGCCCUGCCCCAACCUGAAGGAGACUGGCGUGGAGAAGGCAGGCUCUGUCCUAGUGCAGGCUGGACCGAUAAGGAUGACCAUGUGCUCUGGGGAUGAAGGGAAAGGGUCAUGUAGAAAGCCUGAUACAGAGUGGCUUAUGGAUGCUCUCCCCUCGCCUCUCUCUUGUUUCUCUUCCUGUUCCCCCGCUUCACCCUCCCCUCACCUCUGGUCCUGCAGGUGGGUUGGCUACCAGUACCCUGGCUACCGCGGACUGCAGUACCUGCUGGAGAAGGGAGACUACAAGGACAGCAGCGAUUUUGGGGCCCCUCACCCCCAGGUGCAGUCUGUGCGCCGCAUCCGCGACAUGCAGUGGCACCAACGUGGCGCCUUCCACCCCUCCAACUAGUGCCCUCCCCACCAUGCCUCCUUCCCAGGACCCAGACCUGCUGCCCAGGAACCCUCCAUACCAACCAGAGAGUGAAUAAAGUGUGACUUGCAACUUG